CUGUGAUGUGACAUGUGAUCAGUAGUCGUCUGUUCCUAUCCUUGACAUUAUUUAUUCAAAUUUGGUGUUUUAAAAUAAUUAUUAUUGAGAUAUUUUUUCUCGGUAAUAGUUUAUAAGUUUAGGUGACUACAAAAAUGAUCAAUGAGUAACAUCCUACGUAAUACUAGCCUAAAUAAUCUUGACUUGUAAUAUAAAUUAUUCUCAAGAACAAGAAUGGUAUUCUAAGAGGUUAUGUUGAUUCAAAUUUCGUGAUGCAAUAACAUUGAGAUCAAAAUAAAAUAUUAGCUUAAGUUAUUUAAAAAUUUGAAAGUCAAAAUGGAGACUUUUGGUAAAUUUUUGCUUAGGAUCAAGUUUUAAUAUGUAGGUUGGUUCUCGCUUUGGAACAGGAAAAAUGUACGAGAGAUUUUCAAGUAUUGUCAGAAAAGCAUUUGGCAAAUACCUUGUAGCUACAAAUGUAAUUACAAGUGGUUUGCUAAUGGGAAUCGGUGAUGCGGCUGAGCAGGAAAUUGAAAUACGUAGAAAAAUACAUCCUACGGGGACGUUUGAUUGGACGAGAGUUCGAGAUAUGACCAGCGUUGGUCUUGUGAUUGGUGGUCCCCAACAUUAUAUUUAUGAGUACAUGGACAAAUUUCUACCAGGAACUUCAGGACGGACAGUAGUGAAAAAAAUUGCUCUUGACCAAAGUAUUGUUUCACCAGUAUGCAUAUUCCUAUUCUUUGUCGGGCUGGGCGUCAUGGAAAAAAACAGCAUAACAAAAGGAUUCGAAGAAUUCAAAAAGAAGUUUAUCACGGUUUAUUCGAUUGAUUGGUGUUUUUGGCCACCAGCACAGUACAUCAAUUUCGCCUACAUCCCUUCCAGAUUUCGAGUGAUUUAUGUAAACGUCAUGACUUGCUUCUAUGAUGUAUUCCUGUCUUAUGCGAAAUUCAUCAUCUAAGUCUCUAACAAGCUUUCAGAUUGUUUAAAAGUGUAUUAAAUACACUGAACAAAUUUUGUUCUACUAGUCAAUAGAUUUUAGGUGAUAUAGUACUGGUAAGUACGUUAUUUUUGUCAAUUAUCGUAAAUGUUAUGUUAUCAAAAAUUAUACACUUCAAAAUCUAAUA